AUGGCGAAUCCCGCCGUCAUCUCGCGGCUGCACGGCUGCUUGAGAACCGUCGCCUCGACCCCGCCCCGACUAAUCGCCUCACCGCCGGCUGUCAAGGGUGGAGCGUCGCAGAAACGGGCGAGCGUCGCUAUCAUCAUACGACUACGACCCGAGCACCCUCCGCCAACGUCGACAGUCGCCUCGUCCGUCGCAUCUCCCCACACCUCUCCCUCAACUCACCCUGUUCCUCUCAGCCCGUCUCCUCCUUCUUCCCCUCGCACCGGCGGACUCCCUGAACCCUUGAAGCACGCGCAAGCCGGCUCGGCGACUCCUUCGACCGCCUCGUCGUUUGCCGGUCCACCCUCCGUCCUCGUCCAGCUCGAGGACUUCUUCGCGCAGCCUUGGGUAAAUGCGCCGAAUACCUCGGUCGAGAUCCUCUACAUCAAGCGAGCGACACGGGCCAGCGACAAGUGGUCGGGUCAUGUCGCCUUCCCUGGAGGUCGGCAAGAGCCUGACGACGAGUCGGCAGAGUUUACGGCGUUGAGGGAGACGUGGGAAGAGGUCGGGUUGGACUUGGCUGAGAAGGACUGGAUCUCAAUCGGACAACUUGACGACCGCGAAAUCACCACGUCUCUCGGCAAACGGCUGCUCAUGAUUCUGUCGCCUUUCGUCUUCUUGCACACCUCGCCUCACGCACCGAUCCCAGAGCUCCAGGAAACCGAAGUUGCCUCGGCCCACUGGAUCCCGCUCGAGCUCCUCCACGCUCCGCUCGCACGCUACGGACAUGUCCCAAUCGACAUCGCGACGAGGCUUGCGCCGCGGAACCGCUUGGCUCGGCUUGCGCUCAAGUUCUUGGUGGGCAAGAUGGACUUCAAGUGCAUCUUGCUGCCGAACGACCCUGUCGCGACUGGCCAGAUGCUCCCGCCGCCUCCGCCUGGGACGAGGCUGCCAGAUCUCAAGCUGUGGGGUCUGACGCUCGGCAUGACUCUCGACCUCCUCGCACACAUGACCCCCAAAUCUGCGCCGGAAGACCUCUCGACGUACCCUUACGCUGUCGCAGCGCUCGACACCCCUCUCACCGGACGCGAAGGCGCCUCCACUACUGCCGAGCUUGCGCCCUUUGCUCCAUCCGAGGCAUCCAUCUUCCCCCGCUUCUCGUACCCCGACAUCAAUUUCCUCAUCUGGGUCUUCGCAUUCCGCUACCGCCGCCUCCUUCGUCACCCCUCCAACGCCGCAACCCGUCCACGACCACCCGACUCUCCCCCUCCUCCUCGAUCGAAAGUCAAUUGGGCAGGGAUGAGCCUGAACGCGUAUUAUGCGGCGGUCAGGAAGGCGCUGGUUGUGGCUAUCUUCUUGAGGGCUUGCGCGGCGUUGGGUGGGGUCGUUGCCGGCGGAAUGUGGUUGAGAGGGAAGUGGCUGGCCAGGAGGGCGAUUGUGGCCAAGUGA